AUGGCCUCGGCUGGCAUCUCGCUGUCCUUUGGCAAGCUCAAGAAGCCAGGCAGCGAUGUCAAGAGCAAGCCACGAGCCAAGACUGCGCUGUUUGAGGCAGACGCGGACGAAGCGGCCAAGCCAAAUGAUGUCGUUGCUCUCACCGAGCUGGACGAUUCCUCCCUCACGACUGCAAGGACCGACUCCACAGCGUCUAGGAAGAAGGGCGCAGCAGCUGAAACGCCAGGUCUGCCUACCAUAUUGUCCCGCGUGCAACGGCAGAGACAGCAAGAAGCUCAGGAAUUGGACGAAUCCGUGUUUGACUAUGAUGGCGUGUAUGACUCUAUGAAGAUGGGCGAAAAGGCAGCUGCAGAAGCCAAGAAAGCAGAGAAUGCAUUGCGCAAGCCUAAAUACAUUGGCGGAUUGCUCGAGAGCGCACAGCAGCGAAAGCUAGACCGAGUACGGGCAGAGGACAAGAUGAUCCAGCGCGAACGAGAGCAGGAAGGGGAAGAGUUUGGCGAUAAGGAAGCUUUCGUUACGCCGGCUUAUCAAGCUCAGCAAGCCGAAUUACGUCAGGCUGAAGAGGAGGAGCGAAAGAAGAACGAGGCAGGGCCGAAGAAAGGCGGAUUAUCGAGCUUCUAUGCCUCUUACCUCGCUCAAUCAGAUCAAUCGAAUCAAGCCGCUCUGCAAGCGACAGCAACGGCGAAAGAGGGAGGACGAGAUUUCACCAUUGGACCUGCUCCGAUGCCCGAUAUGGCCCGAGCAGAGCCAAAAUCGGAUGCUCAGCUCGCACAAGAAGCACAGCAGAAGCUCGGCACGCGGGUGAUGCUCAACGAGAGCGGCGAGAUCGUCGACAAGCGUGAGCUGCUCAAAGGUGGUCUCAACGCGGAAGAAGACGAAGAUGCUGUACAGAUGGCUUACCCUUCGAGUCUGCCCGCUGCUCUUUCCGGCACACGCAAGGGCGGGUUUGCGAUACCCAUUGCUGCUCGCAUGGCGGAGAAAGCCUUGGAAGAAGCAGCGAGAGCAAGAGCUGCUUUGCUGGAUCAGGAAGCACCCGCUGCGGACGUGUGGCAACCUGCAGGGGCGACGAUGACGCCCGAACAGCGACGGCGCGAACAACGCUUGCGACAGUCAAAGGAGAUCGAGAAACAGAUGCUCGCGUUCAACGAGCAGAAACGCAAACGAGAGGAAGAAGAGCGAUCACACAAGAUUGCCAAACUCGCUCGUAGGAAUGACGAGACAAAGGUGGAAGAACUUCGACGGAAAGCUCUCGAAAGGAGACAGGCAAAGGCUGCUGCUGAUGCGGCUGCUGCUCCGACUACAUAG